AAUCACUCAUACAGAAACACGCCCGCAUUGGACUCCGUAAAGAGAAAAUUUUCUUUCAUGAUGACUUAUUACACCGAUUGAUUAUGGAAAUUUCGAACUCCUUGUCUCCAUUCACUUUUCAUCACAUGGGACUUUUACAGGGUUUUCCUCGUCGCCAGCAUCCCAGCCUUUAUUUCCCAAUCUUCGUCCCACCCAUGAUAUUCGGAUAGAUUCGAGACCUUUAGGACUACAGGGAUAUAACGUUAGGCAAGCAUCAAGAUGGCGCUGGUGGUGGUGUCGGAGGACAUCAGCAAGAUGAUGACCCCUGUCAGCCUGAGCCGGAAGGACUCCGCGUCGUGUCUGGACGACUGGGUCGGUCGGGAACUCGUGCACGCACCCAAGACGUCACCGUCAGCGUCGAGUGCUGUCACCAGGGUCGACGCCAUCGCGACCAGAGCACCCGUCGAUGUCACUGACGUAUCUGGCAAGCGGGUGAAAAUUCUGCAAACUGAGUCACUCAUCCUGUUGUUCGUGGUUUUCACCACGUUCGUGGCUCUCGGAGGUUCUUUGUCCAUUGUUGGCCCUACAUUGACGGACCUAGGAUAUCUCCUGGGACGUCAAACAAAGGAUCUUUAUGUGCUGUUCGUCGCCAAUUCUAUCGGCUACGUAGUUGGCACAUUAAUUAGUUUGAUAUCCUACAGAGUUUUGCCAAAGUUGAUUUGCAUGUUCGUCGCGUCCAUCGGGCUGGGAGCCUCGCUGAUCUCCAUCGCAUUUUGGCGAGACUUGCUCCUCACAUCCAUCGGCUUCUCCAUCUACGGGCUCUUCAUCGGGGUGAUGGAUGUUGGGGUGAACACGCUGGUGUUCGACAUUUGGAUGGAAAAGAGCCACUUUGCGAUGCAAAUUGCCUACUUCGGCGACGGAUUCGGCUCCCUGAUGACGCCGCUGCUCUCGAAAUUCUUCGUUUCCCGCGCGCAUGAUCAUCAACAGCCCGACCAGCCUCGUCAGCGAGGUGUCGGCGAUGUUCAAGACGGUCCUGCUCAGAAUGCGACGGUGACGACGGCGACAACCCGGGCGUCGACAGCGACGACCAGGUUCGCCAUGUCGGCUGUCGUCAGCAAAGUUUCCCAAUGGGACGACAGGAUGGUCGUCGGCAAUGGCACCAAAAGCAAGGACGUGUCUCACGCUAAUGAAAGAGCAGCAGUGCCUCCGCAGACGACAAACGUGGGAUACGUGUAUGCCCUGGUCGGAGUUUUCGCGCUAUUCAUAGCUUGCGAGUACGGAGUGAUGUUUGCUGUGAGGAAUCAAGCCGGUUUCAAGGAGCUGCUUCUCGGAAGGAAUAAGGAUACCGAAAGCUUCGUCGGCAGUCCGAGUUUGAUGGACACGGAGCAUGCAGUUACUCUCCAGCGUCCACCGUCCAUAGAGGACCUGCGACAGCCGUCGAAGCGCAAACGACGCUUGCUGAAACACGCCCUGACCCUGAUGGGCGGGAUCUUCCUCCACACCUCCGUGGCCCUGUAUGUGGCCAUGUCGGGGUUCAUCGUGACCUUUGCCGAGAAUUCCUGGCUGGAGUUCACGGUCGACGAAGCCCGCUACCUGGACAUGUGCUUCCUCACCUUCUACUCCCUGUUCCGACUCAUCACCGCGAUCGUGGCCGGGAAUGUCAGGUCGCUCUGGGUCAUCCUCUGGAACCUGGCCGUGAGCACGACGUCGUUGCUCACGUUGGUCUGCUUGCCCUACUUUGGGCCGGCGGCGGACGGGGUGGCGUUUUGGGUCGCGUGUUGUUCCCUGGGGAUCGGGUUGUCGAAUUUGACGCCCGCGGGGCUCGUGUAUAUCGGCAGCUUCGUCAACAUCGACGCCACUGUGGGGCCGUUCAUUUUCCUGACGAUCGGGUUGGCGCCGUUGAGCUUGGCCCCGCUGAUUUCGACGCGGAUCGACGAGGACCCAAUGUUUCUCAUCCGGUGUUGUUUGUACGCCAAUUUUGCAAUGAUUGUGCAGGCGAUCAUUUUGGCCUGGCUGGGAAGACAACUGUGUCCCGAGAAUAAGACGGCUGAUGAGGCACAUUCUUGA